UAACAGAACGAGUUAUCUGUUCUUUCAAGACCAGUUUUAUAAAAGAACGAGUUAUCUGUUCUUUCAAGACCAGUUUUAUAAAAGAACGAGUUAUCUGUUCUUUCAAGACCAGUUUUAUAAAAGAACGAGUCAUCUGUUCUUUCAAGACCAGUUUAUAAAAGAACGUUAAUCUGUUCUUUUAAGACCAGUUUUAUAACAGAACGAGUUAUCUGUUCUUUCAAAGUCAGUUUUAUAAAAGAACGAGUCAUCUGUUCUUUCAAGACCAGUUUCAUAAAAGAACGAGUUAUCCGUUCUUUAAAAUAUUCAUAGGUACAAUCUGAGUGAUUGUUUAAUGUUAGCAUUAGCUGAGAUACAGUUAUUCGACACAGUUAUGUAUGCUCUUAUAUCUCUAGUAAAGGCGAACUACGUCACGGGCGAUCAACUAACCUCUAAAUGACAGGCGAAAUAUUUAUUGCUAGAAAAUCAUUUAAAAAAAUUGUAUUUUUCAAAUUCAAAAACAUUACCACGAUUAAUUAUCAUUCACCACACAUGUACGUGUUCUUUGUUACUCUAUACAGUACCAUCAUCCCGUGCGUUUAUAUUUGGAAAGAGCCCACGAUCAGGAGGAGUGGGAAGAAGCACUGAAAACUUGUGUCCACGCUUGUUCCCUCAGUAUGAACGGCUUAAAUCUCGAGUUCAGGGGUCUUCAGCGAGCCACGGAAUUUAAGAGAUAUCGGAUUGGAUCUGAGGACUACCGCAGUGCCACCAACCAGAGACUUGAUGAACUUAUCGAGCAGAAAACGAAUAUUUCCGAAAAGCAACAUCGUAGCACUAAACAGGAUCAGAGAUUCUACCAGAUGGCGUCCUUCAGCCACGCGCCAAAUACCAGGCAGGAAGAAAUUCUACGUGAACUCACCAAUUUAAGGCAGAGAAAGAUAUCUACCCAGCUUAAGAUCGACGCUCUUUCGAAACAACUUGGUGGAAAUCCAAACAAACCAAAUCCUCGAACAGUUACACAAGAAGCUCCUGAAGACAAAUCAUAUGUAGAGAAUCAAUUGAAAGAGCUCAAGACAACUUUACAAGAGAUAGAAAACAGCCUCGAAUCAGUUAGGAAACAAGCUGAACAAACCUUACGAAAGUUGAGUAUCAGUUAUGAUGACCUCAUUCAUCCAGGUUUGGACAAGAGAUACCCGUUAGAUUCCACCACGUUGAAACAGACUUCCUUCCUGGAAUACAUAUCAAAGUCCGAAGAGGACUGUCGUAGAGUCCUGAUGAAGUCAAAAUCGGCGAAAUUUUUUGGUUCCCUUAAGUCCAAAAAGUAUUUUGAAAAAGAUGAUCAAAUGAAUGAAGAACGAACAUCGUGUCCAUCCUUGAGCAGAUCAUACACGACAGAUAUACCGGUGUCGCUUCAGUCAGGAAAAGCUUCGAGAAACCGUAGAAUCGAAUCUUUAAUGACGUCAGUGAAAACCAGAAGAAGUCCACUGAGACUUUUUGGUAAUUUCGUGGAUUCUCAGAUUCGAGGUCGUCUCGGAUCUCAGAGAAGACACAAAUCUGCGGAACGCUUACUAACAGAAACACAUGAAAAAAAUGAAAAGUUUAGCCUUCGUUCGUCGACGACGGAAGACAUCAAUACAGUUGAUGCUUUAAAGAGGGAGUCUUCGGGGUUCCAAGAACGAACUCUGAAAAAACAAGAGCUGGUAGAGACCUCUAACGGCGACAGUAAACACUCGAGACAUGACAGUGGGCCCCUAAAGGUUCCAUCUUCUAAAACCGAAAAAAAUAAAGUCAAAAACGUAGACAAAGAAGAAAAUAGAGACGAAGAAUCUCUGCAAAUUGUACGGACGAAAAUUGACCCCGGAGCUCUAGCUGAAAUUGAGGCUUUUGAGAAGAUGACGGUGGAGUACUUACAGAAUCGCCACCUCUCCAUCUGACGUCACUCAAGCUAACACUGGGCGCGUGUCACACGGAUCAGCUCGUGACACCGAGUGACCAGUCCUUAAGUUGGGUAACUAUCCGACCAAUGAGGAAGAUAUUCAAGAUGGCGGAGAGUAAUCUUUUUAGCAUCAGUACUGGCAUGUUUAUUAAUCGACGAAUCUGUGUGUGAUGAUGUAAAUACUGUUCUAUAUCAAAACUGAAUACGAAUGGAUAUGCCGAAACAUAUCGGUACAUCAUCACUACUGAUAAAACAAAGCCUUUAUUAAGAUAUAUUUGACUGUUAAUGGUGAAAAUAAUAACUCCUAUAACUUAAUAAUAUGAAAAAGUAAACUGAAUAAAUACCUUCGGAGGGUCUUAUCGUCCCUUCAGCAGCGGUGGUAGUGUGGCUUCCAAUGUUGUUAGUCAACACGAUCGUUUCCUCUGGCGGCUGCAAUCUGACUUAACUCACCGAGGACGUAAAUAAAGUUUGCUCACGUGCUAAGUUGAGCGCAAGAAAGCUCGCGAGGAGCUUAAAAGUGAACGAACCUUACGGCCUCAAGGAGAGAAAGUGUGAUCCGCGCAGUCGCUUAACGCAUCCAGUGAGUUUAUGGAGCCUUUCGGCUCGUGCUAAUUAUUCUGUCUCUUUUGAUAAUCAUAAGCGUUUUGUAUAACAUAAAUAAAGCAUUACCUUGUUUCUAAUACAAU